UAUGUAUUAUCUAUCUGUGAUCAGAAUUAAAAAAAAAAGUAAAAAACAAGUUUCAUGAAAAUUAUUCUCAAAAAAAAGCAAUUUUACAUGGUAAUCAACAAACUUUGUUCUACUGCAAACUUUACUUUUUUAAGUGAUUUCAAUAAUAAAAGAUCUAUUUGUGAUUUCAAAAUAAACGUAUCCACGGAAGCUGUCAGCCUCAGCCUGUCAGAGAAGUCAAGCGAAAUUGAUAAGCAUAAAAAUUAAAAAAUCAUUAUUAUGAAAAAUGCUCGAUUUUAACUUUAAAAGCACGCUAGUGACUAAGGUGAAGGCAAAUCAUUAACAAACAUGAUCGUUAACGGUACACAUACUGAUGGUACAAUGAAUUCCACCGAAGAUGCCAAAGGCGUAUAUCCAAACCCUCACAAUUUCUGCAGAGAUUUUAUCAAAGGCUACUGUACUCGCGAUACCUGUAGAUUUCUACACGAACUUCCACCGAUAUCUUUUCUCAAAGAGCUUUUCCAUUUCUGUCACGAUUUUCAAAACAAAGGAUGUUUUCGGGUGAAUUGCAAGUUUUUGCAUGUCAGUGUAGAAGAUGAGGAGCGGUUCUAUGCUACUGGAGAAUUUCCUCGAGGCCCAAGGAAUAUAUCGCCAAAUAUGGUGAGCCAAGACAACAAAUUCAUACAUAACAAUGACACUGCUUCUAAACGUAUUCUUACCCCUCCAAUGUUCCACCAAAUCCAACCUUCUCAUAUCAGAGACGAGGACUCGCCGCCAGAUGCUAAAUUCAGAAGAUACACAUUUGAAGACCCUUGCAUAGACAACCAAACAUUGCAGGCAACCCAAUGUCUCAACUGUGAAACUUUGGAUCAUAAAGUGCAGCUAUUACAUGACAAUAUUAGUGUUCUACUGAAGAAAGUUACAGACUUGACUGCAAAGAAUGCUCAGCUGACUUCCAUGAAUGAGUUUUUACUGGAACAGACGGCAUCUAUUAGAAGUGACCAGCCAUGUGUGAUAACUUCCCGUCACGGUACUUCAGCACCACUGGCUACAGUUAGUGUCACCCCUGUGGUUAGUAUAGCGGGUGCUUUGCCUGCCUUGGUGCCCGCAGCGGCCAAUACUAACCUAACAUUAGCACCUGCAGCAUCACAAGCUCAACUUUUGACUCCAGCACCACAGUUGCUCACGGUGAGCACUACUCAGCAACUUAUGGGGAAUUCUGGAACACUUAUAGUAACAAGUGCAGGAGCGCAGCAACUCAUGCAAGUGAGUGACUCUGGCACUUUGAUGGGCGGUGGACAAACUGUUGUUGCAGUGACCCCUGCACAGUUGACUUUGGCACCACCAGGACAACAAUUGAUGAGCAGCGGACCUCAAACUGCAGUGCAGCAAUUGGUUCAAACGUCUGCACUACAGCCACAGUUGGCACCUCAACAUCAGGCCUCUCAGUAUGCAGCCGCACAACAAUCAGUGCAGCAUUUGGCUGCAGCACAGCAGUCCGCUCAGCAUCUAGCAGCACAGCAGUCUGCGCAGCACCUUGCUGCUCAGCAAUCUGCACAACACUUGGCACAAUCUGCCCAACAUCUUGCAGUGGCACAGCAGUCAGCUCAGCAGUUGGCUGUGGCUGCACAGUCUGCGCAGCAAAUGGUUGCUCAACAAUCUGCUCAACAGCAACUGGUACAUCAAACGUCCACCCAACAGAUAACUAUUUCUAGCACUAGUCAACCUAUGGCUUUACCAAACUCACAAGCUCAGCCGUUGACAUUCCCUAUAAUCUCUCAAAGCAUUUUGCCUCAUUGAAUUUAGCUUAGUUAUGAUUCACAAGUUGUUAAUGUUAGAUAAACUGGUUUUGUGUUUUUUUCUUUUGAAAGCUAGCCUAAUAAUCCCAUAGUGAAUUUUGUAGGUUAAGUUUGUUAUAACAGUACUACUAGGACUAGGUAUACCAAAUCUACUAAUGUAGAACAAUAAUAAAUAGGUAAAACAUUUCUUGAGUAUGGUUCAUCAUUAUGUAUGUCAAAUGAAUUUUGACUUUGACUUUGAGAAUUCUAGUGAACACUGUUCGAUCUUCGUGCUCGACGCAGAACAAUGAAAACAGCUCCAAGCAAAUCUGCUUGCUAGAAUGCUUGCCAGAAUGCUUGCUAAUAUGUUUUUGUAUUUUUCUGUGAUGUAACAUUCACACAAAUGCUCAUUCAAGUGAAUUCUCAAGUUUAUCAGCACCUUGAGUUUUACUUUCCAAGUACUUUUAAAACUACAAGUUAUGUCAUGAUUUGAUGGUGAUAAUAAAUUAAAGUUAAAAAACUUAAAAUUAAAGUUAUGAGGGUUCCAAUGUGAAAUAUACUGGCAAAGAAUGACAUGGUAGGUGGCAUAAGCAUAAUUAUAUGGUAGUUGUUUUUUUUACAUAUGUGAUAUGUCAUUUAGCCCCCAUUCGCAUGAGAGUUAUUUAAUUGUAUGUUAAAAAAGUGUUCAAAUACAACAAAUGCAUUCCCAAGUAUAUAUUGAUACUACAACACUUUUAAAACACUAGUGUUUUUCAGAUUGCAUGGGUACGGUGACAGUUCGUUUUCACUAUUUAAAGUUUGCUGCGAUUCACCAUAAUAGUACAUGUUAUGAAUGUCAUAAGGCAACCAUUCCCAUGCUAUCUGAAAAACUUUUUUUUUGAGCAGUGUUGCAUUUUCAAUUUUAGGUGUUGAAAAUAAAACUUCAUACUAUAUUUAAAUUCUUUUUUAAUAUCUGUUAAAUAACUCUCGUGUGAAUGGGGGCUUAGACAUUUGUUUCACAUGAAUUUAAGCAAUAAUAUAAAGGCUGCAUGAAUGUAUGUUACUACUAUUUACGUAUAUUGAAGUGUUGGUUGAAGGAAUAGAGAAGUUGAAUUAUUGAAAUAACUGUGCCUCCUGUGAUGGCAAUUUUUCAGUAUAUUUGUGCAUAUUGAUAUAAUUUGAGAUGUAUCACUUUGCACAGUUUUUUUUUUCAAUAUUGAUUGAAGACUAAUAAAUCAACAUAAUUAAACUGUACUGAUUAAUCGUGUAUUUGGAAUAAAAUAGGUAAGUUACCUACAACUCUCAGGUUUUUUCAGGUAUUACUUUAUUAAAAGUAUAAUAUUAUUAUUAACUUUUUAUCUAUGAUCUAAGGAUACUCAAGUUUCAUCUUACCCAAAUUCUUGCAAAUUGUUGUCCAAUAUUUUGUAAAAAUCUCUUUAGUCUUUUCUUGAUUUUUGCUAGUUAUUGUUCUAUUCAUAUCAAAUAGAAAUAUUUGGUGAUGAGUUUGAGAAAUAAAAUCAAUUAAUAACCAAAAUGGUUUAUUGAACAUGAAUAAGGUUAUACUUAGAUAACUUUGUAUUCUGUAAUGAAACUCUUUUUUACAAUAAUUUGUGAAUGUUGGUCAUAAACCGACUUCAAAAAAAGGAGGAGUUUUUCAAUUCGACGCGUAAGUUUUUUUUUUAAUUGGACUAAUCAAUAAUAAUUGCUCAGCUAUAGUCGGGCUGUAUUGUAGUCCUUCUAUUACUUGCUUUUUGUUCAAAAUAUUUUGUUUUUUGUAAUUUUGUCUGUGUAUGUUUUAUCCUAGGAACGAACUUUUGAUAGAUUUUUUUGUUUUAUUAUCCCAAAUAAAACGAAAAAUUCCGUCAUAUUAAUAUUAAGUAUAGACGUAAAAAGUAACAGAUUUAAAAUCGCGGAAGUACCUUUAUUUAACCUGUAAAAUUCGCCAAGACAAAGUAAGUGCACACUAUCGGUUAGUUAGCAAGUAAUAGACCAAGAUCCCAUCUUAUUUUCACACAGAUGAAACCUUAGGUUUUCAGUAGCGUCUCAUGUGUCCUUUGAAUACCUACCUGCGUGUGGAGACUUGCUCUGUGAUACCUGGGCAGGUGAGAAAGGCAACUAAAAGAAAGUAGGUAUUACUUGCUAAUUUAUAUGGCUUAGCUAAGGUUUCAUACUAGUGAAAAUAAGAUGUGUCAGGUCGCUCUGGGAUCUUAUUCUAUAAGGCAGAAACCACACGGUGCGGUGCGGUGCAUUUUCUUGUGUGAAUUUAGCAUAGUAUGAAAUAUGUAAAAUCGUUAACGUACUGCAUUGAUAUCCAUUACAGUAGGUACUGAAGGCAUGAAAUGAAAAUAUAUAGGUUUAAAAAUUCCAUGUUAGGGGCAUAGCACACAUAUCAACUCUGAACGAGAUCGUUAUUGUUCGCCGUCGACUAAUAGGCCUAAAGAUAAAAUGAUAUAUUGUCGACCAAUAGUGGCAGAUCAAAAUAAUAAUAAUAUAUUUGCGAUACGGCUGGCCUUGGUCGAAUCGUUUUUUUUAUUCAGAAUAGACUUGCGCUUGACUACAAUCAUGCCAGGCGGAACGCCUUUAUGAGGUCUUCGUUGGAGUGCGCUUGCUUAGAAUGCUUUAGUGCAACGAAAGAUUGCGAUAUUUCCGAUUUGGCCGCUAUUGGUUGACUCUCUUUCUCAUAACACGAGAUAAUGAUGCCGGUUACUCAUCUUCUUACAAAGAUAUUCGGGAGGGGUGAGUGAAAAGAAUAAGCUAAGCCGCUGCAUUUUUUAACGCAAUAAUAGCGAUAUUGAUAAAAAAAAAUCGACAUUCAAUUUUAUCAUGUAAAGCUUAAUAACCUAUGCAAGUAGGUAGUAGGUACCAAUAUCAGCAAUAAAAUUAGUUUGUAAAUUACCUGCCUGCUACCUAUUAUUAUGUUUUCAUUUCUUAGCUGAUUGGUGUUUCUUCUAAGUUUUUUUUUUUGUGUUUUACCUUGGAGUGAAUGAGAGGUUAUUUAUUUUUGAAUAUUAAAAGGAAGAUUUCCUUA